GCUUAACAGCUGUUCAGCUCCUCUAUCAUCUGCAACCCCUCCGGUGGCCUCGAAGUGAUUGGAAAUUUUUAAAAGUGCAAGAUUGACAGCAGAGCAGUUCUAUUCCAAAGCAAGACAACUGUGAACUCAAAAGUGUCAUCAAAUUGUACAAAUUGAUGUCUGGCAUGAAGGAAAACUAACUGAGCAAUACAGGAAACUAUUCACAGAUAUCAAGAGAAGCUUCCAGCCUGCUUAUUACAGAUAUGCGGUGUAUGUCCAUGGAGGGUUCAAUCCCAUCAAGAACAUUUCUAAGGAGAAAAACACUGACUGGCAAAUCCUGCCGAGGCUCAAACCUGUUGCUGUAGCAGCUCCAUUUUCAGGCCUGGUAAUCCUUUUCCUGUGACUGACCCCACGGGAUGGAACUAAAGCCCAAGUACACAACUUUAAGAUAUGAAGUUUCAUCCCAGCAAGCUACAGGACACGCCGUCUACUAUGUGAACCGCUUUCGAUUGCUGGAGGAGAGAAACCAAGCCCUGAAGAUUGAGGUAGCUACGCUUCGCCAAGAGAAACAACAGUAUAGGAAACUGAAAGCGAAGCUCCAUGCUGCCUUGCAGGAAAAAAAUCGUCUGAACCUUGAGCUAAUCAACCACCACCUGAAGGCAUCCAAGUAUGACCAGGUGCGAUCAGACUAUGACCAGCUGAGAGAGACCUUUGCUGUAGUGAGCCAGGAGAGAGACGUGGCCCAGCAGCAGAGGAGCCAGCUCGAAGACAAAGUGGAGAACCUGGAGCAGGUUCUGAAGCAUAUGCAUGAGGCUGUAGAGCUGAAGCAGCAACUGCAGAUAGAGCAUGAGCAAGCCUUGGUGGCCCUUCACACCAAGCAGAAGGAGAUCAAUCAACUGCAAAAGGUCAGGGUUCGUGACCUGGAGCAGAAAUGCAGGUCACAGAGUGAACACUACAACCAGCUGUCCAAAGAGCUGCUGAAUUUCCAUUUGCAGUCGGAUACUGUGGACAUCCUUAAAAUUAAUCCCACUUCCACAUCCCAGAUUCCUCUUUCGCGACAGAAGAAACUCUCACAAGUUAUUGUUGGAGCCCAGCCAGAGACAGGCGAUGAGAGCGCGGCAAACACGCCGCUACUGAUCUCCCAGUUCUUGCCCUGCACACCACUGACUGGAGACAGAGAAAGACCAAAACUGUCUGUCAAUUCCAGUACCGUGAUAACGGACCGACCCAGCAGCCCUCGACAGCUGACCCUCUCAGAGAUGGAGGAUGAGGCCAGCCCAUCACCCAGGUCCAAGCCUCGCUACACAGGCCAGGUCCGCCUUUGCACUGCCCGUUACAGUUACAACCCUUAUGAUGGACCAAAUGAGCAUCCUGAAGCAGAACUCCCCCUUGUUGCUGGAAAGUAUCUGUACGUGUAUGGAAACAUGGAUGACGAUGGCUUUUAUGAAGGAGAGCUGCUGGAUGGCCAGCGAGGACUUGUUCCUUCCAACUUUGUGGAGUUUGUCCAGGACAAGGAAAAACCAGCUAUUCUGUCGGGGGAGGGAGGGGAUGAUCUGGGCCCACUGGACCAUAACCCCCUGGCCUUGACAGCAGUGGAUGGAGGUGCCUCCCAGGAUGGCCUCCUGGGCUCAGCUAAUGCCUUGGUUCCCUGUAGCAAUGGGACAGGGGGGCCCCUGGACCCUGAGGACAUGGCUGAAGACGUUGUGCCUUACCCCCGAAAGAUCUCCUUGAUCAAGCAGCUGGCACGGAGCGUCAUUGUGGCCUGGGAGCCUCCAUAUGUGCCUUUGGGCUGGGGGAACAUCUCUGGCUACAACGUGUUAGUAGACGGGGAGCUUCGUGCCAGUAUAGUGUACGGUGGCCGGACCAAGUGUUUGCUGGAGAAACUGGACCUGGACGGCUGCGUUCAUCGCGUGUCGGUGCAGAGCAUCACCGACCGGGGCUUGUCAGACGAGUUGCGCUGUACCGUGCUGGUGGGAGCCAAUGUGGUGGUGGCGCCGUGUGGUCUGCGGGUGGAUGACAUCCAGCGUGACACUGCUGAGCUCUCCUGGUUACCUAGCAACAGUAACUAUGGUCACACUGUGUUCUUGGACGGGGUAGAGCACGCAGUGGUAAAGCCAGGAAGGUAUAGACUACGCUUCCUCAACCUCAAGCCCCUGAUGGUGUACAAAGUGACGGUGGUGGCACAGCCGCACCAGGUGCCAUGGCAACUGCCGCUGGAGCAGAGAGAGAGGAAAGAAGCUGGUGUGGAGUUCUGCACUCAGGCUGCAGGUCCAACACCAUAUUGCAGAACAGGACCUCCCCUGCCUCCCCAGGAUGUACAGGUGCUCUGUGGGCAGGCUCCAGGGGUCCUACAGGUCCACUGGAAGCCCCCCAUCCUUUCUCCUACAGGCACAUCUAACGGGGCAAAUGUGGUUGGCUACGCAGUCUGCACUAAAGGACAGAGGAUAGCUGAGGUGUUGUACCCGAUGGCAGACUAUGUUACUGUCGAGCUGACAAGGAUUCAGUGCCUGGAGGCCAGGGAAGUCAUCGUUAGGACGCUGUCAGUACAGGGAGAAUCCCAGGACUCCCAAGUCGCCGUCAUUCCAAACAACCUGCUCGUGCCUCUACCUGCGCUUCCCCUACCACCGCCAAUGCACCCCCACGCAGGCCCCCCUCCACACCCCCAUGUUCAGCCCCACCUCCAAUCCCCUCACCUUCCUCAUGCCACACCCCAACUUCCUGCUCCACCCCAGGCACAUGGGCAACCCCAUCCUCCACACCCUCAACCCCACCCCAGACAUUCCCACCCAGGUGGACCCCCGCAACCCCAGCUUCGACCCCCACACCCUCAGCCCCAGCCCCUACAUUUUCAGCCGCGCCCGCCCCACCAAGGUCCCAGGCCCCAGCACCAACUGCCUCUGCUACCCCACCCCCAACACCCUAUACCUCAGAGACCAGUAUGUGCCAGAGAUCUGGAUGCCAAAGAGCACGCGGCCCACCACGGGGGAGCUAUUCCACCUGGCCAGUCUGGCUGGGACCCCACACGCUCUCCUUCUUCCCAGCCUCCUGUGCCCAUGCAAGGCCACACUCUUGAGGCCCCUCCCUCUGCCAAUCCACGCUCCCCAUCCCCACAGCGGAUACUUCCGCAGCCCCGAGGCACACUUAUUCCGGACACGGUGGCCAAAGCCAUUGCCCGAGAAGCAGCGCAGAGGGUGGCGGCAGAAAGUGGCAAGGGGGAAAGGAGGCAGGGCAGAUACGGAGAGCAGGGUCAUUCAUUUCACCAGCAUCACUCUGACGAGGAAGAGGAGGACGAGGAAGGCUUUGCGCGCGGCCGUCGGAGAGGACCCUCAGUCGACGAGUUCCUCAGAGGCUCUGAGCUGGGGAGGCCGCCUCACUAUAGUCACAAUGAAGAUUAUCACAGCGAAAGCAGCCGGGGCUCUGACCUGUCUGACAUCAUGGAAGAGGAUGAGGAGGAGCUGUACUCUGAGAUGCAGCUGGAAGAGGGACGCCGACGCAACUCGCACAACACACCCAAGACAAACAAUCGCGCUGGAGGCCGUCAGGACCGGGAAACUGGGAGAAGAAUUAAUCAUGGCGGUUCUCAACCGCAGAGACGACCUCUAAUGGUCCCCUCCAUUGAGGUAACCUCUGAGAAUAACAGUGAGGGAAACCUCUCCCCCAUCACCGAGGAUGUUUACUAUGGCAGAGUAGCUCGGCACAGGACGCGGCCAUCCCGCAGGCACAUGGGCGGCACCAGGUCUCCCCAUGAUGGCUACAGGGACCGGGAUCGUCGCUCUCCCACGUACUACGAUGAGUCAGAGCCUGAGGAUUCCUUCCGGAUCUUCGUAGCCCUCUUCGACUACGAUCCUCUGUCCAUGUCCCCCAACCCAGAUGCCGCUGACGAGGAGCUGCCCUUCAAAGAGGGGCAGAUCAUUAGGGUGUAUGGUGAUAAAGACACAGAUGGCUUUUACAGAGGAGAAGUGAGAGGCAGGAUGGGUCUGAUCCCCUGUAACAUGGUGUCAGAGAUACGAGCGGAGGACGAGGAGACCCUGGACCAGCUCAUCAAACAGGGCUUCCUGCCACUCAGCACCCCCGUGGACAGAAUAGAGCAAAACCGAAGAGGCCUCCGCCGAGAUCAGGCCUCGAGGAGGAUGGUGGCUCUGUAUGACUACAACCCCCGAGAGAGCUCCCCUAAUGUUGAUGUCGAGGCUGAGCUGACCUUCUGUGUUGGUGACAUCCUUGCGGUCUUUGGAGAUAUUGAUGAAGACGGAUUCUAUUAUGGUGAGAUUAACGGCCACCGCGGUCUGGUUCCCUCUAACUUCCUGGAAGAAGUGCCUGAUGACGUGGAGGUGUAUCUGACUGAUACGCUGUCCCAGUACCCCCAGGAAGAGCCUGCCAACCGGCCCCCUGCCAACUCUGCCGCAACCGUCUCAGAGGGCAAACGGGUUACCACAGAAACCACCGACACGGUCGACAACGACGUCACGCCUGUACGAGCUCCGUCCCCGAUCGUCCGGCCCCUCCUUCCGGGCACCAUGAGACCCCUGAGCCCUACGAGGGGCCCCCACAUCCCGCUGGACCUCCGGGACCCCAGGGACUCCCAAGAUCUGGCAAACAAGAAGAAGAAGGGACUACUUUCCAAGGGGAAGAAGCUGCUGAAGAGACUCUCCCCUGUGAAAUAAAACACACAAAAAAAGAAGCAUACAUGUACAAAUACGUGCACAUGCUGGGCUCUGUAUAUUGCAUCCAUACAAUCAACUCUGGUCUCAACAACACAUGACAGAGAGGAUGGGAGCUUUGUCUCCAGGACUGCGUGAGCCUAUUUGAAUAUAACCAGUGAUACAGUUAUUCAUGUUUGGUGAUGGAUACAAAUCAACUAACUGAUGUACAGUGCAGUGCCAAAAUCAAGAGAGAGGUCACCUGCAGACACAAAAAACAUAUUACUGUGAUGUAUUUUAAAUCAACGGAUGACUAAAACAAAAAAAAAAAAAAAAAAAAACAACUAGGAUUUUCAUGACAUGUAUUUUUUCUUUAUCAUUUAUUUCAAGCAGGGUAGCUGUGAAAACAUACAUCUAAGUUUCUAACAGGCUUUUCUCAGCAAAAAAGAAAAAAAAAACAUAAAUUUUUUGGAGUAUUGAUGUCACCACAAGGAAACAGAGACCAUACUCCUCUAAGAAAAUCUCUAAUAGACUACACUGUUAUUGAGGCAUUCUGUGAAGCAAUGCUGGCUGCUAACACAAAGGCUUUAUUCAGUGCAAUAUCAUAGAGAGGUGGUAGCAUAUGUGAGAAGAAAGGAAACAUUUCCGCGUGUACCUGUGAUUCAGCAGAGAGUUUUCUGUGAUGAAAGGAAUUUUUAAAAAAAGAAUAGCAGAUUGGCAACAGGGCAUUAAAGUGAGAAACACCGGGCGAGCUUAGCUGUCUCAGUGGCCUUUAUGAAAACAACACGAGCGUGACAUUCCUCGUUCGAUCAAAAGGUUGAUCCACACCAGGGUUUUUUUGUUCUUUGACGGGUCGCUUGUGCUUUGUCAAUUUUUUUAAGAUUAAAUCGGAGCAGCAAUGUUUGUCAUCCCCGCUGUCAAGCUGUCAUGAAACGCCUAGUUCAAGACAAAAUUUUUGUGUCUGUCUUCCUAUUGCACAAAGGUGUGUGUUUUUUGUCUGACGAUUGGUAACAUACAUGUUUUGUGUGCCUGUGUGAGCGUGUAUGUGAGGCAGUAUGUGAUGCAUUCAUGUUUGCACCUUUCAUGUUUCCUUUCACUUAUGUUUUGUUUCAGAAAGGGGAGGCCAUGUUGUUAUUGGUCAUGUGAUCUAGUGAUGUGCUGCUACCUCCAUUGCCUGUGCACUGUUUGGUUUUGUUGUCUCAUGUUGAUAUAGGUGGCCGUGUUAAAGCAUCAAAGAGGGUGCAAAUCAAAAAGUCAAGGUGUGCAUUGUUCUCCAGUUCAUCCACUGGAGGUCUGUGGAGAGAAAUACUAACUUAUUUAACAUUUCGUAUCUGGUUACACACAGUAUAAGCUCUACAUGACUUGUACGCCAAGUAGCCCACAUAAGGACUAUACCAUAAAAAGUGUCACACAGCUUACAUUAUAUACAUUAAAAAUGGAAUCUGGUAUGGAAUAGAUUUUUACUUUAUUCUCAUGAUCUUGGAUCAUUAAUGAAAUAAGCUGAUGUAUUCAAAGCCAGAGUGUGGAGAGCGCACGCACUAAUCAGUAAUGCCAAUAUUCUGUUGUUGCUCCUUUUAGUUUGUUGACUCAUCGAAUGUUUUAUAUAUUUAAUUGAGUCUUCAAAAACAAAGAAACAUAUUUGCAUAAUGCUACUCAAAGAUUUGCUCCAGAAAUUGUAAUCAGAUCGGAAGAAUCUCCUUAAUAUCCUGCAGGCUGCCACGCUGACUGUCUAUUCAAUCUCAUUCAUUUUCAGUGUAAAAGCUUCAAAACAAUGUGUCUUGAUUUCAAAGACAGAUUGCGCUGCAUUUUCUCCAAAUGUAAAUGUUGUCAAUAUUUUAGUUCCAAUUUAACAUUUUCAUCUUUCACAUACUCUCCUGUGGCCAGAAUGCCAAAUUCAACCCUUGAAAUUUUUUUUUUAUUGGUUUUCACAUCCAGGUAAAUUUAAUAAACCCCGGAGAGCCAAUCCAAUUCUAUGGAAGCCCUAAAAAUGUGGCCCCAAAAAAGAAAACCAAUCAAAAGCUUUUUCCUAAUGUUGAAAACAUCUUGACUUGAAAAAAUAUUUUGCCACAGACAUUCUUUUCUCAGUCUUAAUGUUUUCUCCAUCUUUUUUUUUUUUUUACAUUGAAAAAGAUGAAUGAACUUCAAAGAUGUUUAAACUUGCUGUGUUUACCUUCCAGCUCACUGAUCACACAGAGUCACAGGAUAUAAUUUAAAUGUAUUUAUCUCAAACACAACCCACUGUCCUACCUCAGUUUUUUUCUUUCGAGGAGAUAGUCAUUGUGUGUGUUAAUUAAACAAGAUUAUAUCUUCAGUUGGAAUUUCAUUUUCGAAAGCAAACAUUCACUUGGAUUACUGAGGAGAAAGGCAUGCACAGGCUACUGUAUCAACAUUUUGUGAUCUGUGGAGGUGACUAAAAGUGCUAAAAGAACUCGACUAACUUGAGGGAUAGUAUGUCUCAUAGCUUUAAUCAUUUAUAAACUUCUAUUCUCUCUGUUUAGUUUUAAAUAUCCUAUCCAGUUCGUCUCUUAUGUCAAGUUGCACUUGAAAGAUGUGAGUUUAUUGUGUUAAACAGCAUUCCCCUCCUCAUUCUUUAUGAAUAUUACUGAUUAAAUGCAAUGACAAGAGAGGGAUUACCAAAAUGGAAUGUGAGAAGAGUUCGGCUGGUUUACAUCUGAUUCGUUUUUGUUCCAAAGCGGUUCAUGUAUAGUUUCUCAUUCAGUCUGUCACAAAGUUGAAAUACUGUAAUAUGGUGUCCCAAUACCAAAUCAUUCAGUUGUGAAUGGGUGUAGUGUCUCUAAACGCUGUAGCUCUUUUGUACUUUGAUCCAUUUGUAGAUAAUUUAUAAAUGUUUCUACUUGAUUUUACGACAGCCUUUUUGUUAGUGCACUGAGAUUUCCUCUCCCUGUAAAAGACUGCAAGCAUUCUCCAUAGUGUCCUUUGAAAUCAGAUGUAUCAGUCCACCGUAUGUGCUUGCUUUGUGAAUCAAAGUUUAAAAAAGAAAAAAAGAAAAAGAGAAGUCAUUGGACAGUAUUUAUGGUGAUUAAUUAUGUGUGGGUGUGCAUGUGAAAAAAUACAACUUUUAUAACCAAAUUAAAUUUGAUAUUUUUUAGAAACUCA